AAAAAUGCAUUAAGGACAUCACUAAUAGGUGUUUUUCAUAACAGUCCCCGAUUGAUUUGACAGGCAGUUUUACAGAUUUUACAGCUGUGUUCGUAAAUAAAUGUAACGAAAAUCGCGAUCUCUUUGUUUUCACUUCGACACAAGAAGUUAAUAUUCGUUGUUUAAAGUCGAUCAUAUUGUGAUCACGAUGCUGCGAGUUAAGAUUCAUAUAGCAAUAAGUGCUAUAGGAGCCGUUUUGGGCUUGUCAGCAUUUAUAUGUUUUUGCCUUGUUUAUGCAAACAUUGAAGCCGGAAUGUGGGCACUAUUAUCUGGUACUCAUGCAUCAUUGGCUCUGAUGCUGCAUUGCCACUACCUCAAGGAGUCCCUACAUGUAAACUUCUCUAGAAAAGCAUUGCAGUACAUUGGUGACUUUGGCAUAGUAGGUUUUGUCUCUGGAUUAGCACUGACUAUGUUCUACCUUUUCUUGGAAAUCUAUUAUAAAGCUGAUGUGCUGCCAAUCAAGACAAGUAUCAUGAUCCGUCUUAUCUGGUCAUUCAUGAUGAUGAAGUGGGGUCUGAUGCUGUACCUGACCACUAAAAAAUACCUGAGGACCUACAACGACCACCAGCUGUUCUCCGAAAACCCUCAUAUUGAGGAGACUGAAACCCUGAUACAGCGAGAUGGACAACCUACAGGCCAGGAUGAUGGGGAAUCUACGUGGACCGUAUGAUAAGCAACAAUCUGAAAAUAGGUAUACUAACUAUUAAACGUGACUAGAAAACUUUUUCUUCAUAAAAAAAUCGAAUACCAAAGGGAAUUAAAAAUCUCAGAUAAAUGUUAUGAAAUGUUACUUUAAAAAAAAACAUUUUAUUUUCUAUUCUAACCUGUCAUCUUUUUAAUAACAAAUUUUUGUUUAGGUCGU